AUGAUUCGAUAUUCGAUAAUCUAUCAAGAACAAUCUAAUGGAUUAGAAAUUCUUCAAUGGAUUCAAAAUCAAAUAUGAAAUGAAUACUGGCGUAAUGGAAGUAUUUGUGAAGAUUAUUCGAAAAUAUUAUGUCCAGUUAUAUUAAUUGGUGGAUUUGCUGAUCUUUAUAGUGAUCUUGUUUUUCAUUUAAUUAAUCAAUUAAAAUGUCCAGAAAGAGUUAUUUUAGGUCCAUGGAGACAUCAAUGGCCAGAUGAUGCUUAUCCUGGACCAAAAAUAGAAUUUUUACAAGAAAUAAUUGGACGGCUUGAUUUAAUUAUUUAUGAGAUUGUUUUUCUUCUUUCUCCCAACUGUCACUUUGAUGUUCUAUAUUCACUUGUGGAUGUUAAUCAACGAUUUGAUCGAUUAGUACUUGAUCCUCUUACUAUCCGUAAUAUUGAUAUGACUAUCAAAAUUUUUGAAUCAGUAUAUGAUCAGACAUUUUCAAUAGAUGAUAAAAUGCUUUCAAGAAUAUGUGAUCAAAUCUUAUGUCGAAUUUAUGAUCAAAUAAAUGCACUUACUAUUGAACAAUAUUCAAUAAAACGUAUUCUUCAUGCUACUAAUUAUCCUCAACUGUAUUCAUUAUCACUUAUUAAUUUUGAAGGAAAAAUACUUGAUCAAUAUUUAACAGGUAUAGUAUUUAAUUAA